AUGUCUGAAAACAGCAGUCCAAUUAAAUACUUUCUUAGUGGAGGUUUCGGAGGGGUGUGUACUGUACUAGCCGGACACCCCAUGGACACUAUCAAAGUAAGAUUGCAGACUAUGCCUCUCCCUAAACCUGGCGAAGUUGCUUUGUACGCUGGAACUUGGGAUUGUUUUAAAAAAACUGUACAAAAGGAAGGAUUUCGCGGGCUUUAUAAAGGAAUGUCAGCACCUCUGACGGGAGUUGCGCCAAUUUUCGCAAUAAGUUUCUUCGGUUUUGGACUUGGUAAAAAAUUAAUCAAAUCUGACGAAAAUCAAGUUCUUACCAAACCGGAACUGUUCGCUGCCGGUGCGUUUUCUGGUAUUUUCACUACAUCUAUCAUGGCCCCCGGUGAACGUAUUAAGUGUUUGCUACAAAUUCAACAAGGUGGGAAUGUACCUCAGAAGUAUAAUGGUAUGCUUGACUGUGCCAGACAGCUAUAUGCAGAGGGUGGUAUACGAAGUAUUUAUAAGGGCAGUGUAGCCACUAUUUUACGAGAUGUGCCAGCCAGCGGUAUGUAUUUCAUGACCUAUGAAUGGGUCAAAGAAGUACUUGUGCCUGAGGAUGCCACUGCUAAAGUGAAAAUGAUGGCAACUAUCGUUGCUGGUGGCUGCGCUGGUAUAGCUAACUGGUUGGUAGGCAUGCCGGCUGACGUUUUAAAGAGCAGAUUACAAACGGCCCCAGAAGGUACAUAUCCUAAUGGUAUGAGAGACGUAUUCAAACAGUUAAUGGAGAGGGAAGGACCUACUGCGCUAUACAAAGGUGUAACACCUGUCAUGAUAAGAGCUUUCCCAGCGAAUGCCGCUUGUUUUGUUGGUUUCGAGUUAGCUGUUAACUUCCUUAACUGGGUCGCUCCCAAUCUUUGA